AAAAAUCCCGACAUCCUGUCGUCAACACCAGUUCUACAUUCACUAAUCGACUUGUCGACCGCAUUCCACAGGGCCGAUUGAGCGCCAAUUGACCCCCAGUUACUCCGACUACCCACGUUUUCUUCGAUUCCGAACUUAGUCGCGAGAUAAUACAGGCUGUCGCCAUGUCUGCCGUCUCCGGAAAGAACGUUCUUAGGUACACGGCGUUGGGAUUGGGAGUCUUCUACGGCUUCACACACCAGAGGAAGAUCAAGGCGGACCAGAACGCCGCCGCCGCCCGUCACGAGUAUGAGCACAAGCAAAAGUUAAUACAGCAGGCCAAGGCCGAGUACGCCAGGCUCAACGACAAGAGCGGUUCUAAGAACGACAGCCGGAAAUCCGACCCGAUGGACCCCAACUUUGACCUCGAGUCUUAUUUCACUGGAGUUAUUGGCAAGGCAUAGGUUGGAUACUUAUGCCAGGGUAGCGUGGUAAUGAAAGACUGGUUGGGACGAGGGCCCCGAGCGAUCUUGUUGAAGAAAAUCGACAGUUAUUGUCCGGUGCUGGCGGCAACAUAAACUUGCCUACGUCGAGAAAGGUGGUCGUCAUGUUGACCACUUCUGCGGUCAACAGGCUUAUGCGACCAGGCCAACGAUAACCUGGGAGUACUCGGAGGUGUUUGGUCAAACACCAUACAAAGACAUAGAAUUUCCUUAGAGUUCUGGUUUGCACGCUGUAAAUGUGUACUAUAAGAUUUAGACGGUUUCCGGAUGCAUGAGUUCUCUGUCUGCUGCUGUCUGUAUCUAUCUGAGCUUUCCAAUUGUAACUCCUGUCCC